ACAACUUCUCAAAAUUUAAAAUGGAGGUCAUAUCUCUCAAAUAUCUACGUCAUUAAUACAAGUGAAUAUACAAUGGAGACUACUUUGCCAAUUAAACUUUUAAGUGGUUUUAUAAAUCAGUAGAGUCCGGUCAAUUCAUUUAGCAAAUUCAUGUAUAGUGAAUUAAUAUUAGUUUUCAUUGCAACAUGUUACAGAUUAAUGUGCAUUGUAGUUUUUGAUUUUUGAUAAAAUGUAACGUGUCUCUAAAGUUUCCACAUAAAAAGUGCUUGCAAUUAGUUAAUUGGAGGUUACUUUUUGUUUCUUCACAUACUUACUACAUAGGGAAAAAAUGAGUUCAUCGCAAUGGUUAGUAAAAGAUAUUUACCAUUUCGACGUAGUUGAUUAUGCAGUAUUUUCUUCCAUGCUGUUACUCUCGGCUUUGACAGGUCUUUAUUUCGGUUGCAGAGGCAAGUAUUGCAAAACUGAACCUAGUCAAACGCUGAGUGAAUAUUUAACGGGGAAUAAAAAUCUAAAACCCUUUCCUGUAGCUCUCUCUUUAAUAGCAAGUUAUGUGUCGGGUGUAACGAUUUUGGGAACACCAUCAGAAAUUUACUUAUUCGGUACCCAGUAUUGGUUUAUAGUUAUAGCAAUAUGGCUAAGUGGUUUAGUUGUGGCAACUGUCUACCUCCCGGUAUUUUUAAAGUUGAAAGUCAAUUCUUCUUACGAGUACCUUGAAAUGAGAUUUAAUAGAAUAAUUAGAACCAUUGCAUCAGUAUUAUUCAUUUUGGAUGAAGUGAUGUUUUUACCAAUAAUAAUUUAUGUUCCUUCCUUAGCUUUCAACCAAGUUACUGCCAUCAAUAUUCACUUAAUUGGUACUAUAGUAGCUGUGAUUUGCGUAUUUUACACAUUUUUGGGUGGUUUAAAAGCUGUCGUAUGGACUGAUUCGUGGCAGGUUAUAGCUAUGUUCAUAUCUGUGGUAGUAGUUAUAGUUUUAGAAACAAUCUCCGCUGGUGGUCCAAGCAAUAUUAUAGAUUUGACAAGUAAAGGGAACAGAUUUGAAUUUUUCAAUUUUAGUCCAAGUUUAUAUGAGCGUUAUACAGUAUUCAGUGUUGUUAUUGGAGGUUUUACCUAUUGGACUUGCUUUAACGCUGUCAAUCAGACUAUGGUACAAAGGUAUCUAUCGCUUCCAACUGCGAAACAAUCGAAACUAUCGGUGCUACUUUUUACAAUUGGUGUAGGUGGACUAGUAUGGAUGUGUUGCUACACUGGUAUUUUAGUUUACGCGAAGUACCACGACUGUGAUCCGUUAUCUUUAGGAAGAAUAAAAGCUGACGAUCAAAUUUUUCCUCUAUUUGUAAUGGAAACAGUGGGACAUUUGAAAGGUGUGCCCGGACUUUUUAUAGCAGGAGUUUUCGGAGCUGCUUUAAGCUCCCUUUCAGUCGUAUUAAAUUCCACAGCACAAGUCGUCCUUGAAGAUUUUGUUAAAGGAUGCAUGCGGAAGAAAUUGAGUGAAAGAGCAGCUACUAUAUUAGUUAAAGGGAUUGUUUUGAUACUAGGAGUUGAAGCUGUAGCAUUUAUGUACGUGGUUGAGCAUAUGGGAGGAGUACUAGCGCUAGCUUCGUCUUUGACAUCGAUAGCCGCGGGAACGUCGUUUGGUAUAUUUACUUUAGGAAUGCUAAUUCCUUGGGCGAAUUCAAAAGGAGCUUGCGCGGGGGCUCUUGCUGGUGCGAUUAUGUCGGGAACAGUUUCGUAUGGAGGACAGAUGGUAUCCGCUUCUAAAUUAGUAGUUGCACGCAGGCUUCCAGUUACUGUAAAUGAUCAGUGCUACGAAAAAUACGGCAUAAGUAAUGAUACAAUUGUGCCUGAGAUUCAUUAUCCAGAUGAAUCGGACGUUUUCCCCCUUUUCCGAUUAAGCUUUCUAUGGAUCACCCCUGUUGGUGUACUCAGUGUCUUAUCAGUUGGAAUAAUUGUUAGCUUUCUAACAGGACCUAACGAUCUUAAAACCACGGAUCCAGAUGUUAUUUCACCAGUAAUGCAUUGGUUACUACCAAAAGAAGCGCAAGAAUACGCUGGAAGUACCUUAAAAAAAGCUAGAAAUUUCGAAGUUACGGAAGACAAUAUCAUAGUUCAAAUACAGGCGGAUGGUAAUUUAACGGAAUGCAAUCACAGCAGAACACCAUUAAAUAUAUCUCUACCUGAAUAAGUUUUAACAGUAUUGAUCAAUUUUGUGAAUUAGUAGAAUUUUAUAAUAAAUUUGUUAUUUUACUAUUA